UAGAGCCGUAACAGGGGAUGAAAGUGAGAAAUGGAUUCAACAUUACUCAUCGUUGCAUCAAAUCCUUUUAGUGGGUGAUGGUGAUUUUACAUUUUCGUUAUGUUUGGCUGAAGCAUUUGGUUCUGCAUCAAAUAUGGUGGCUACAUCACUUGAUCAGUAUGAUGUGGUGAUGAAGAAUUACCAGGACGCAAAAUCAAAUUUGGAGAGUUUACUAAAACUUGGAGCAACAAUUAUGCAUGGUGUGGAUGCCACCAAAAUGAAACUUUAUCCCGACUUACAAAGGCGGAAAUUUGAUCGAAUUAUUUAUAACUUUCCACAUGCCGGAUUCCAUAGAAAGGAAAAUCAAGUUCACCUGAUCAAGAUGCACAAAGCUUUAGUGCAGGGUUUUUUCAGGAAUGCAAGCCAUAUGCUUAGACCCUCUGGUGAAGUUCACAUUAGCCACAAGACAGCACCACUAUAUGAUGGCUGGAACCUUGAAGAUCUUGCUUGGAAACACAAUCUGGCAUUAGUUGGGAGAGUUGAAUUCAGAAAAGAAGACUAUCCAGGUUACAAGAACAAGAGAGGAUCUGGGCCAAGAUGUAAUGAGCCAUUGCCUUUAGGAAAAUUCAGUACUUUCAAGUUUCAAUUUAAGAAGACUGAUCUUGAUUAUAUUCACACUGCACCAUACCAGAUUCAAAUAACACAACAAGAUGUUCAAAACCCACCUCCAUUUGAGCCUAGUCAUAUUUCUGCACUUCCCCAAAAUCAAGCGGUCCGACCACAUGCUCAUAAUCCUACUCUACUUCAUGUUUAUAAUCCUCCUAGGCUCCAAGUUCAGCAAAUGCCAUCUCAACCUCAAUACCGAGUUCUAUUUGAUGUUGGUUGUCCUCUUGCGAAAGUGAAUAGGCCAAGUAACUCUAGGUAUUUUGAUUCACCAUAUGCUCCGAAGGUUUCUGAUAAAUGUUAUUGGAUCUUUUAUGAGUAUUUUGCAGACACCGAGAAAAUGUUCGGGAGAACAGGCUACCAUGUUGGCCGGGUUGUUCACGAAACUCUGAGAACUGGAUUCGAUAGAUGCAUGAUAGAAGCCAAAGAAAGAAAUCUUACUGGUUAUAUAAUGCAUCUUGAAGAACUUCAUCAUUACAGUGUUUCAAGAUCAGAGUGGUUGCAUAGAAUGUUGUAUUAUCUUGAUAAGCAGCAGAAGAUGUUGAGGCUGAGUUCUGUGAAGUUUUUUGUCUGGGAAGGAAGUUCCCUGAUUUUGUGCAGUAUCUGUUGCAUUUUCCAUCCAUACGCGAUUGUGCUUUAUACUGCUUUGUCUGAGUCUGUGAAGUCCAUUGAUUUUUCUCUUGUGAUGCGUCUUGCUAAUAGUAUAAGAAGUUCUGUCAGACGCCUUUUAAGAACGGGUUUAUUUCUGCACUAUCCACCACGUGCACCUUUCAUUGUCAAUGCUCUAAAUACAUCUAGUACUAUAACUGUAACUUAUCAUGGAGUCUGUCAGUCGCGACCUGCUAUAGGUCUGAUACCUCAUGGUGAUGAGAAAUUGAAGAAAAAAGAAAAAAGUAAAAGAAAUUAUGGAAAGUUGAUUAUUAAGAGAACAGUUGAGAAGCAAAGGAAAGACAGAGUUGGGGUGUUUCAUGAGUGUAUCAAAUACGUUCAAGAUAAUCUGGAGAAGAUUAAAGAAUGUUAUUCAGAUCAGUUUGCUUUUGAAGAUGAAGAGUUUAUAAAAUUUAUUGUCAUUGAUGGAUUGUUCUUGUUGGAAUUCUUGCAAAUAAUUUCAGCCAAAGCAGAUGAUCGUCAUUUAUACCAAAUGGUGUAG